GAGACCGAAAGGAUGAUUAACGAAGUGUAGUCGUAAUAUUUUCUCAAUUUUGUAUAUUGUUUACUUUAAAAUAUUGAAAUCACCAAUGGUAUGGUUUCAACUGUGUUUACAUGGGCCAUAAAAAACUUGCAUUUAACAAAAUGUGUUCUCGACGUUUUCUGGUCUAUUCUGGAGUACUCUUGCUACCAAUAAUUGUAAUAUUUCUGUAUACUUCAACACACUAUGUUUAUCCGAGAUUGAUCGUACCAUCUUCAGGAGCUCGUUACAUAAUAACAACAACCUUACAACAACACACGUCUGAAAGGAUGUCAUCAAAUAUGACCAUCAGCAAAACAUUUUCAAUUAAAAUCAACAGCCAAUGUGCGAAUCUCAUGACAUUGCAGUCAGCAACUUUUAGUGAGACCACGUGGUUGCCGGCUGACGACAAAAAUGACACGUUUGUGUUUUCUGCGUUCUACGACAGCAAAGACAGCCAAGUUUUUCUGGUGGGACUUACAUCAGGUGGAGUCCACAGCACGUGUCAAAUGUGGUAUAUGUCAGAUGACGGCACUGCCUUUGUAAUGGAAGAGAGCGGCCUUCUAGUUUUUAAAUCACUCCCAGAGACCCAUGACAAGAGAUACGCUGCGACACUAUUUAAAUGCGUUUCCCAACUCAAACGGAAGCCAACGUACAUUUCCGUUGCGGAAAACUCUUGCCGUCAACCGUCAAGCCUUAUUGUCGUAAAAUCCACAGAUACACCUCAAACAUACCAACGCAGAUUUACCUUGUGUCUUAUGCCUAUACAUAACAACUAUAACGACUCUUACGCUUUGGUGCAGUGGAUUGAACUGAAUCAUCUGCUAGGUGCUGAUAAAUUUGUUGUGUAUAAUUAUUCGUCUGCUUCAAACAUCGGGAUUAUUUUAGACAUGUACACAAAACGCAACAUCAUUGAAGUUGUACAAUGGCCUAUUCCUGUCAAAGAUGUUCAUUAUUUCGGACAAGUUGCUGCUUUACAAGACUGCCUUUACCGAAACAAGCAUGAUUCUGAAUUUGUUGUAAAUGUAGACCUAGACGAGUUUAUUAUCCCACUAAAAGAAAAUAUUACAACAUGGGCCCAAUUAAUCGAUCAUUUGAAUGGUGGAGCAUUUAUAUUCAGAAAUUCUUUUUACUUGAUGUCAUCUGGAAAUAAAACUUUCUAUAAUAUAUCAUUUGCCGAAAAGUUUCAUUUAUCAACUCUCCUUAUGUCGAGACGUGAACGAAAGCUGUGGCUACACAAACAACGUUCGAAGUACAUAGUGAGGACGUCUAAAGCGACGUCACUUAUGAUCCACGAGGUGCCAGCGCUGCCAAGUGAUGCACGAGAAACGUUAAUGCCAGAGGACGACGCGAUAGUUCAACAUUUCCGAAACUCAGAUGAACAUGUAUCACUAGAGCAAACCGUUGCUGACGUAACUAUCAGAGACAAAUAUGGUCAACAGUUAAUUGCUAAUGUUCAACGCGCUUGGGAGAACAUAAAACGUGGAGUAUAAAAAAUUGUUUGCUUCUCUUACGAUAAACGAUAGUAGAAACUUGAUUUAUCUAAUAGUUAUUUCUUCGAGUAUUACACAGUUUUCAUUUAAAUUGUUACUUUCAAAAUGUAUCAUUUACAAACACAUGUAUUAUAUUUCAAAGGGGUGGGCGAUUAAACUACCUUCGAAAGAAUUUCGAUAUAAUUUACUAACUAGUUGGAGUACUUCUAUAAUAACUGUGUAUUUUUUUCUUUUAGUUUCUUGCCGUAGUUUAGAGUAUUUGUUUUAAGCUAUUUAUUAUAUUUAACACCAGUCUUAAAGAUGAUUAUUUCUAACUCUUGCUGCAGUUUAAUGUAUGUAGAUUGCCAAUUGCCGCGUUACCAUUACCAACUGAAUGCUGAAAUAUGAACGAUACUGUCAUUCGAUUUUAUUUUGAUUUCUUUUUAUGUUUUUCAAUGAAUGUAGAAUAUACCUAGAUGUGUUUUGUGUUUGUGUGCAAUUGUUUAAUACAAGCAUUUGAAAGAACAAUGUGUCUGAUCUGUCUAGUAUUUCAAAAUUUGUUCAACUACAGUUUGUUUAAGAUAGACUAUGUUAACCUAAACAAUGUACAUGUUAAUGUAUCGUUUAAUAUGGUUUUUACUCGUUGUACUUAGCAUCUUGCCGACUGAUCAACAGUUUUACUGGUGUAGAUAUAAGUCCUUACAACGACUUCAAUAAACAUAAUAUUUAUGCCCCCCUUCGAAGAAGAGGGGGUAUAUUGCUUUGCUCAUGUCGGUCUGUCGGUCCGUCCACCAGGUGGUUGUCUGUCGGUCCGUCCACCAGGUGGUUGUCAGAUGAUAACUCAAGAACGCUUAGGCCUAGGAUCAUGAAACUUCAUAGGUACAUUGAUCAUGACUCGCAGAUGACCCCUAUUGAUUUUGAGGUCACUAGGUCAAAGGUCAAUGUCAUGGUGACCCGAAAUAGUAAAAUGGUUUUUGGAUGAUAACUCAAGAAUGCAUACACGGCCAACAGGGCGAACUCUGAACAAUAUAACUGAAGCAACUGGUCUGUAAUCCUAAAUCUAUAAUUAUCAGUCCAAUGAAACAUCAUCCUUUGAGUAAAAUAAAGUGGAUCGGUAAAAAUAUUAUCAGAAUAUGAGAUUUUUUUUAUAUUUUGUAUAUUAAAUAUUGUGUCAAUGUUAAAUUUUGUUGAUUAAUAUAAAUAUAAGCAGGACAGGGGAGGUAAUACACUAUUAUAUCUUUCUUAUAUACAGGGGAAACAAAUGCAGUAAGUUUAAAUUUCAUGUUUAAUGAAUAGAGGAUAUUUAUCAUGUCAGUGUGAAAUCAUUUGUUAUUUUUAUGAUCACAUUUUUU